AUAAAACCGACCAGGACGCCCUGCGUCGACGGGUUCUCCUAAAUACACCAGACGAGGAACCCUACGAGGCUCGACGUUUUGUUCAAGAAUAUACGCUGGACCUCCACGAUAUCGACCUUGAUGUUGUCAACGAAGAUGACCAUGAUGAAUACAUCAACGUCUUCUACAACAAGAACUUGAUGAACCAUACUUCUCCUUCUACUUCUGGC